UUGUGUAUGUUAGGCGAAAAAGGCUGCAAGCUGUGGUUUGCAAGGAAUUACAAAGGGCCUGCACAAAUAUUCGAAAUUCAGGGACGUUGAGUUAUUCAGUGAUGCAGUACUAAGAGCAGGUUAUAAAGAAACAGAAGUAAGAGUUCUAUUGUAGCAGAAUACGAACUGGAAAUGGAGCAGGUCUCAAGCCCAUAUUUCCAAAACUUCACUGUCAAACAGGAGCCAAUGUGGGACGGAGUUCAGAUUCCACCAAUACAGUUCCCCCCUGCUGCCCCUGCAAAGAAAAAACCUGGCAGGAAAAGAAAAGUGAAGGAAGAACCUGUAGAAAACGGUGAGUCUGUAACAGUAGAUGGUAAAGUGGUCAAGGUGAAACAGGAGAAAAUCACAGAACACUUGAAGGUCAGAAAGAAGUAUGACAGGUUUAAGGGGAUGACAGAAGAGGAAGUUUUACAGAGGACACUGCCUGACCACUUGACCCAUGGACUGGACAUUGUCAUUGUUGGAAUAAACCCUGGCCUCACUGCAGCUUUUGUGGGACACCACUAUGCAGGACCAGGCAACCACUUCUGGAAAUGCUUAUUCCUGUCUGAAUUGAUCCCAGAACAGCUGAAUGCUUAUGAUGACUAUAAGCUGAAAGAGUUUGGAAUUGGAUUCACAAAUAUCGUGGAAAGAACAUCUCGAGGAAGUGCAGAUCUCACAAAGAAAGAAAUCAAGGAAGGUGGAGAAAUUCUAAAAGGAAAAAUACAGAAAUACAAACCAAAGAUAGCAGUUUUUAAUGGGAAAGGCAUAUACGAAGUGUUUGUUGGACACAAGAACUUCCACAUUGGAAAACAACCGGACCAUUUUCCUGACUGUCCUGACACGGCAAUCUUCGUGAUGCCUUCCUCCAGUGCACGGUUUACCCAGCUUCCAAGGGCCGUUGACAAAGUGCCAUUUUACCAAGCAUUGAAGAAAUACAGAGACUACCUCAGAGGUGACAUAAGCCAUAUAGAGGAAUCAGAGAUCUGUUUUCCUAACCUUGACCUCAAGGUGAAGGUCAAGAAGGAACCUGACACAGAUCCAAAUGGUCAGAGUCUCCCCAAGGCUCCAGCUGAACCCAAACAGAAGAAGCCUAGAGCGAGAAAAAAGAUAAAAAAAGAGCCUAAAGAAGUUGAAGGUGACUCAAAUAUGAUGCCUAACUGUAUGAAUUUCCAGCAGUUUCAGGUUCCUAAUGGCCAGGGCAGUGCAAUGGCUGUACAGCAUGGUGCGUCUUCAUCUCUACCCGAUUUCAGCAGGGCAGUUCUUCAGGUUAAGUCUGAGCCAUAUGACCCCUUCUUGGCGUCUUUCAACCAGUCUGUUCAAAAUUGCCCAACUACACAACAAAGCUUUCAGGUCCAUUUCGGCUCCCAACAACAGCAACAUUUGCAGCAAUUUCAUCAUUCUCAGCAACAGCAUUUGCAACAUUUUCCACAGCAACAACAGCAUCUACCUCAGCACAAUAGUCAACAGCCCCAGGGUCAACCCCAGGGUUUACUGCCCCAGGGGCCAGACCCAUCCCAGAGAUUACAACAUUUCAAUGAUUCUCACCAAAAUUCUCAGGAGCAGCAGGGUUCUCCCCAAAACUGGUCAUCAUUCUCUCAAAACGGCAAUAAUAGUCAGCCUGCUUGCUCCCAGAAUGGCAGUGGAGCUCAAAGUGAAGCUCCAUCCCCUUUCUUUCCAUGGCAAUAUCAUCAGAAUCCAAUGCACCCUUCUAUAUCACUACCUUCUUCAACUACUGCUGCCUGCUUCUUUGCUAAUUCUCAGGGAAAUGUCUCCAUGGCAGCAGACAGGAAUUAUGGUAUGGUCUCCAUGUCAGGUGAAUCAAAUCAAAUGCCCCACAGUCGGGCUAACUCACAGAAUGGUAAUAUGUUCUCAGGUGUGAGAGUGAAACAAGAGCCUGGAGAGGGGUUUCCAGGUUCACAACAGUGUAACUUUUCCUGAUUACAAGCCACUGCUGACACAUUCUUACCUGACACAUUUGAUCUCAAAUGAAUAAGGGACACUCAUUUUCUCAUCUAUGGUAUAUACUAAUUUGAACAACGUAUUCAUUAAGUCAUGUUUUUUAGUUUGCUCUUAAGAAAUCUGAAGUCAUGAAUUGGAAACAUUUGUGGAAAAUAGAAAAAUGGAAAAUUUUUAAGUAAUGUAAAAUCACAUAUUUUCUCUUCUGAACAAAAGUUGAAUAAUUAAGAUGUGUCCUGUCUAAGUCAUUUAUAUUAUAGAUAGUUGUGUUCAUUAAAGUUUAAAACGAGGUUUGCUGAUAACAGAUAACAAAUGUUGUGCAAAGUAUCCACCAUUUUUCCAUGGGUUCCAAGUAUACCCAACUUAAAACACAGAGCAGAAAAAAUGUAUCUCUUUUCACAAGCAACAAUUCUUAUAUAAUUGAAGCUGUAAGGCCCUAAAUCAACAAAAAUUAAAAAUUAUGCAGGUGGUGUGGAGUAGUCCAAGUUCACAUCCAAUAUGCUAGUAUUUAUUUGAUAUUUAUUACACUACAUCCCUAUUUACAUCAAACUUAUGAUUUGUGUUGUUCUGUUUUGGGUCAUUGUUGUUAGUGUCUACAUUUGUUUUGUUUUUCACUUUUCUUAUAGCUGUAACAAUGCCUAAUAAUUGUGUUGCAAUUUAUAUUACUUUUACCAGUUGUGUUUUAGUAAAUUAGUAAGAGUUGCACCCUUAUCCAUAAGUUGUACUGUUUUUCAUAUAUAAUCCUAGGAAGCAAACUUUUUACAUUAAAAGUUGUUUAAGAUGUGAUUUUUAAGAAUAAUAUAUUUAUUUGUUUUUACAAUUUUCUACUCACAUUCAUAGUGGGAUUAUAGGAUUAUUUGAUGUUGGAGGUAUUUGGUUUUAGAAUACCUGGCUGUGCAAUUGUACAAUGUUUUCAUUAUUACAAUUAAAUCAUACCUUGUAUUUUAAGUGAAACCUCUGUUUAUAUGUAUAUAUUGAUUAUUUCAGUCUGUAAAAAAGAUUAGUGCUUUUUUUUUUUUUUUUUACUCCAGGCCUCACUACAAGGAGGAUUAUUGAUAUUAUUGAUAAUUUAUCACCAUUGCUGCUAUUCAGACAUCAAUUAUUGAAGAUCUAAGUAAAUGAAAUGUAGUUAUUGAUUUAUAAGACCAUGCUAAAGCAACUGUUUUAGACAGGAAAUUCUAUAAUUCAUAUUGUCACAUUCAGUGGCUUUGGUGUGGAAUGUUGUUCAUGUAACUGAUUGUCAGUAUGUAAUAAUGUUAUAUAUCAAAUAUGAUAUUAUAUCAUGUUGGCUACAAUGGUGCAUGCAGGUUUAAUCACUGUUAAUAUAAUAGUGAAGCAUCGCUGUUUUUUCCCCUUCAGUUAUAUCAGUUAUUCUUUUGUUGAUCAAUGUUUAAAGGGAUAAUAACUCUUCGUUUCGGCUAAAAAAAGAAUUUUCCUGGAGUAAAUGACAAUUUUCCCAUA